CGAGGAGUAGUAGCACUUGGACGCAGCACCUCCUGCUGCUGUUCUUCCUCGUCCUCGGCGUCGCUACCAACAGCAGCCAUUCUUCCACCAUCAACAUCACCAACCGAUGCUCCUACACAGUGUGGCCGGCCGCCACACCAGUGGGCGGCGGCAUGCAGCUGGAGCCUGGGAAGACCUGGGUGCUUCAAGUGCCUGGCAACACGCAAAGUGGCCGCGUGUGGGCGCGCACGGGCUGUUCGUUCGACGGCCCCGGAAAGAAAUCCUGCCAGACGGGUGACUGCGGCGGCGUGCUGGCAUGCACUACCAGCGGCCAACCGCCGAUGACGAUGGCAGAGUUCACCCUGAGUGACUCCAACAACAUGGACGACUACUUCGACAUCACCGUCGUCGACGGCUUUAACUUGCCCAUGGACUUUCUGCCGGUGCCGUCGUCCAAGGGGUCGUCGGGGUGCAGCAGGGGUCCACGCUGCGCCGCCGACAUCACGUCGCAGUGCCCCGAUGAGCUCAAGGUGCCAGGGGGUUGCCGCAGCGCGUGCAACGGAUCUUCCUGCGACGCCAGCACGGAACAGAUUACCAGAUCAUUUUCUGUCCCCCCGUCGAUCUUGUGUCAUUGUCUCCACCUCCAACUUCACCAUUGUCUCCGCCUCCAACUUCACCUACUGCAACAAAUGGAACAAGCAGCAUCACAUCCUCAUCAAAAUCCAAGAGGCCAAGAAUAUUUGGUUAUGUUCUAGGUGGUUCAAUAGGUGGCUUCAUUUUGAUCGCAUCCUUGGUCUUUUUCUUCGUCCUGCAUAGACGACGAUUGCAUCGACGCCAAGAGAUGCAGGAAGAGGAGGAAGCAGAGUUUGGGAGGCUACCAGGGAUGCCCAGACGGUUCACAUUUGAGCAGCUACAGGAAGCAACUGAUCAGUUCAGAGAGAAGCUGGGGGAAGGAGGAUUCGGCUCCGUUUUCAAAGGACGUUUUGGUGAGCAAGCAAUUGCGGUGAAACGCUUGGAUAGAGCUGGUCAGGGAAAGAGGGAAUUUCUGGCGGAGGUCCAGACCAUCGGUAGCAUUCACCAUAUCAAUCUGGUGAGGGUAAUCGGUUUCUGCGCAGAGAAAACUCACAGGCUCUUGGUUUAUGAGUACAUGCCCAAUGGAUCCCUGGACCAGUGGAUCUUUUGCCGGCAGGGGCAGGGCGAUGACGACGCUCCUCGCCUGCAUUGGCAAACGCGACACAAGAUUAUUGCUCAUGUAGCAAAGGGCCUCGCCUAUCUUCACGAGGAGUGCAUGAAGAGAGUUGCUCACUUGGACGUGAAACCACAGAACAUCCUCUUAGAUGACAACUUCGACGCUAAGCUCUCUGAUUUUGGACUCUGCAAGCUCAUCGACCGGGAUAAGAGCCAAGUGGUUACUAGAAUGAGAGGCACGCCUGGAUAUCUAGCUCCAGAAUGGUUGACGUCGCACAUCACUGAAAAGGCUGAUGUAUAUAGCUUUGGCGUGGUUGUGAUGGAGAUCAUCAGUGGAAGGAAGAACCUGGACACUUCUCGGUCUGAAAAGAGCUUUCACCUUAUUACCUUGCUAGAGGAGAAGUUGAGGAGUGAUCGCUUGGUAGAUUUGAUUGAUAUGUGCAUUACUAGUGACAGUCAGGCACAGGAGCAAGAAGCAAUUCAGAUGAUGAAGCUCGCAAUGUGGUGUUUGCAGAUUGAUUGCAAACGAAGGCCCAAAAUGUCCGAGGUCGUAAAAGUCUUGGAAGGCUCUAUCAGUGUCGAAACUGACAUAGAUCAUAACUUUGUCGUGACAAAUCCACCAAGCUUUAGCGCUCCUAGAAUUGUGGUCAUGUCAGCUCCACCUCUAGCUUCAGAAGUGUCAGGCCCAAGGUGAAAUUCCUUGAGGCAGUUUAUUUGUGUAGAGAAUUUAGCAGUCCUCUCUAAAACAAUAUGUUCAGUGAUUGGAAUUGUGGAUAUCACACCAUUGUAAAUUGUCUCUAGUGUACAACAGAAAUUAUGUUGCUCAUUCUUAUAUAGAAAACCAAUAGCAUGUCCU